AUGUUCAAUGAGAUCGAUGGGGACUUUGAUGAUGUGGCCACAAGGACUUUCAAGGUUGGCCUACCUGCCGAGCAUGAUUUAAGAAAGUCGUUGACCAAGAAGCCUGUAAAGAGUGUGUGUCGGCUCAUGGACCAUAUUGACGAGUAUAAACGGGUCGAAGAAGACCAGCAACAAGGGAAAGGGAAGACUAAGGUGGUUGGCACAGUGUUCAGGGAUCCAGUGCAUCAAGUCUUGGAAAAGAUUAAGAAUGAGCCAUACUUUAGAUGGCCAGAUAAAAUGGGAGGAGACCUAAUGAAACAUAAUCAAAGCCUUCAUUGUCAAUACCACCAGGAGCGAGGACACACCACAGAAAAUUGCAAAACUUUGUGGAAUCAUCUAAAACAACUGGUCAAAGAUGGAAAGUUAAAGCAAUUUCUACAUCAGCCUGGUAGGAAAAAUGGUCAGGUAGGAUCCAGAUCUCAAAGAGAUACUUCUUUAAGGCCACCUUUACGCACAAUUAAUGUCAUCCUCGCUGCUCCAGGGAGAACUAGUUCUCACCUCUCCAGGGUGAUGUUUGUAGCUCGGCCACCUACCGAGAAUUCUAACCCUGAGUCGAAAAGGGCUAGGAUGGAGAUCCAACCAGCGUUGAGUUUCUCGGAUGAGGACAAGGUUGGGACUAUACAGCCACAUGAUGAUGCCCUGAUUGAGGAGUUGGUUGGAAGCCAGUCCAUGGCUAAGCAGUGCUUGGUGGCUACAAUAAUGCAUCAACUAGGAGUUGAGUCCUCAGCCUCUGCUGAGAGGGGCUUAUAG